CAGGUUUCGCACUUCCGGUUUGCAGCGUGAAGUGAGACGUGAACUCCUACUCUAAAGGAGUAGUUUUUCAGCAAGAGUUGGGCGUUUUGUUAACUAUUAAGAAGUCAAGUUCGAUCCAAAAACCAAAGAAUCUUCGAAAUAAAAUGGCCGAGAGCGACUGGGACACGGUGACCGUGCUGAGGAAGAAAGGAUCCGCGUCGCAGGCCAAAUCCAAACAGGCGGUGAUUCAAGCCCAAAGACGAGGACAUGAAGUGGAGACCACAAAGAAGUGGUCAGCAGGUCAGAAUAAACAGCAUGUUGUAACUAAGAACACGGCCAAACUGGACAGAGAAACAGAAGAGCUUCAUCACGAUCGAGUGGCUCUGGGAGUGGGCAAAGUCAUGCAACAGGGCCGGCAAAACAAAGGCUUAACACAGAAGGACCUGGCCACGAAAAUUAACGAGAAGCCACAGGUUAUUGCCGACUAUGAAUCGGGAAAGGCCAUCCCCAAUAAUCAAGUAAUGGGAAAGAUCGAGAGAGCUAUUGGACUUAAACUGCGUGGAAGGGAGAUUGGGCAGCCCCUCGAUCCAGCUCCCGUGAAGAAAUGAGCAAAAAAUCCUCGAAAUCCACCACUCAGCAUGCAGAAUCCCUCUCACUAUUCUGGCCUUACAGUCCAUUUCCACAUGCUGCUGCGUCAUUAAUUCCCUUUAAAAUGGUAAUAAAACGCUUAUUUUAGUGGUGGACCAAAUGUCAGAUUAAUGACAAUGUUAUGAAAUUAAAGCAUGUUUGCUUACAUAAUACUGCUCUUUCUUUUCCUUCAGUUUGAAUGGGCUGAACUGUUUCCUGUUGUGUACAUUUGCAUAAUAAAAAAAAAAAAUUUCAAUAAAGUUUGCCAUUUGAUUUAAAUCCA